AUGCACCCUCAAGUACAAACGGAUUUUCUAGUAGUUGGAGAUGGGCCGGCGGGAGCGGCUUUGGCAGCUUUCCUUGGCCAAAAUGGUAAGCAUAGUCAGAACGCUACGGCAGGAGAAAGGGUUAUAAUCAGCAAAAUAGGUCUAAGAGGACUUGUUAUAUCGCAAGCUCCUGCAACGGCAGAUACGCCUAGGGCCCAUACAUUCAACCCUUUCGGCUUUGAGUGUCUCCGCGACAUUGGCCUAGAAGAGCGGGCGCUGGGCCAAUCAUUGCGUGGACCAGUCUUUCAAUCCAUGCGCUGGUGCUACAGCAUGGGUGGACAGGAAUACGGAAGAGUUCGUGCAUGGGGCGACCAUCCGUGCUCCAUGGGAGCUACAUCGUCUAUAUCUCCGUGUGACUAUGCCGAGUUUACCCGGAUGCAACUGGAGCCCCUGCUCAUACAAUACGCUUCGCAUCACAAUUUUGAAGUGCGCUUCUCGACCGAGCUGAUUGACAUUGAACGUGUUAAGGGCGACGACAAGGCAGAGUUUACUUGCACAGUUCAGGAUCAUGUUUCGCACCUUACGUUUAAAAUUCGUACCCGAUAUCUGUUCGGGGCGGACGGGGCGCGUAGCAGCGUAGCUCGCUCGUUGGGCUUCAAGUUUUUGAAUAGUCCGAGCGGCGGUAAGGCUUGCAACGUUCUGCUCCGCGCAGAUUUGGACGAAAUACUUCUCGAAGAGCGCCGCGCUGGGCUACGCUGGAUUUUGCAGCCAGAUCGCAAGACUUUCCCUGGGCUUGUGGCGCAUCUGCGUGCGGUUAGGCCCUGGAAAGAAUGGGUAUUGGUUUGUUUUGGCCCAUCUGGCUCAGAACCAUUUGAAGGGUUGACAACUGAAAGCCCGGAACUCGUCGAUUGUGUGCGCGAGCUCAUUGGGGUCGAGUCAAUUACCAUCGAUAUUCUGCGACUCGACCGCUGGACCCUGCGUGAGAGUGUUGCGGAAGAGUUCUCUCUCAAUGAUUCCCAAGCUUUUCUUGUCGGCGACGCUGCACAUCGCCAUCCACCCGCAUUUGGUUUGGGCAGCAAUACAUGUGUUCAGGAUGCGUACAAUCUCGCAUGGAAGAUUGCGUAUGUGGAGAAAGGGAUCCGUGCUCAUUCGGACAUUUGGAAAGCAUUGGGAAUGUUUGCUCCCACCCGUGAAGAGGGAUCUGAGGAGCUUGCUAAGCUGUCAGAAGCCUCGAGGGAGGGAGCAGAACGCCGAGCUAAGCUGCACGGUGCUUUGGAGGCUGUAGGACAAGAAGUUCGCAGCCUGGGUGCUGCCUAUAACCAGUGGUACACUUCACUGGCGAUAUAUCAUAAUGAUGAAAGCAGCGCCAGGCCAAGUUUAGAAGGGAACCCGAUCCUGAAUGUCCAGAUUAGCACAUACCCGGGUAGCCGGCUACCUCACGCUUGGCUAGAUAUCCAGAUACGUGGAAAGCUUACCUCUACUCAUGACCUGGCCGGAGGAGGUGCUUCCUGCCUGUUUCUGGGAAUUUGGGGAGAUGCUUGGCGGCACGCUGCACAUAGUAUUGCUCACGUCACUGGUAUUCCUAUAAAUGUGUAUGGGAUAGGGAUUGGGCUGGAUUUUGUGGAUGUUUAUGGCGAAUGGCGAUUGAACCGAGGAGUCGAGGAAGACGGGUGUGUUCUGGUUCGACCGGACAGAUUCAUCGCAUGGAGGUCGCCCCAGAUGGUCUCCAGUUGUGAGGGAAAGUUGAUGCAGAUCUUGGACAGUAUCCUGUCCAGGAGUGAGCUAGAUGUGACCAGGGACUAA